UACAAGGAAGAAGCUGGUCCGCGCUACGAGCUGUGCCAACCAAGUGCGUCACCUUGUACGAGCUUUCUUUCGUAGCACCAGAGACAAAAAACACCAGCGAAACGAUUCAAGCUAUCAACACGAUUUAAUUCUUUCAGUACAAUUAUUUACGCUGUCCAAACCUGCACCGAAUUGUCCAUUGGGAAGAAUUAACGCGAUUCGGACUGCGAUUCGACGUGCGAUUGUGGCGCGCUGAUUCACUUUCGCGACGAUCUGCUGGUGAGGCCAUGGGCUUGACUGGUGCGCCUGCGCCGCGAAGGAUUAAAGAAAGGGGAGCUCUCUAGAGGCUACCGAUAUCAUCGCAAGAACCCUUACAAACAUUUUACCUAUCAACGAUAUACACAAUGCACGACAAAAUCGUCCCCCUAGGCUCGCGCCUACAUUACCCCAUCAUCGUUACAAAACUACUCAAGAAGCCCGGCGAUACGAUCAAAAAACAAGAAAGCAUUUUUGAGUACAAGUUCCACUGGAAGCGCAAGGUUAACGAAGAGACUUGGAACGAUGAAACCACAUAUACCGAGUUUGACAGCCCUGCCGAAGGCAAACUCAAACAAUGGCGCAUCCUUGAAGGCCAGGAGAUCGUGGCCGACUCGCCCUGUCUGAUGGUUGAAGAGGCGUGCGGUCAUGAAGUUCAGGUGCAGGGUCUUUGCAGUUUGUGCGGCGCUGACAUGACUGAGAUCAACUGGGCGAGUGAUAACCUCGACACAGAUCGCGCCAUGAUCAACAUGAGCCAUGACCAGACGGUCUUGAGAGUUAGUGAAAGCGUCGCUACAAAGGCUGAGCACGAAAACCAGAAGCGCCUACUCAGACAACGGAAACUGAGCCUCGUUGUCGAUCUUGAUCAAACCAUUAUUCAUGCUUGUAUAGAACCCACCAUCGGGGAAUGGAAGAACGAUCCGACGAAUCCUAACUACGACGCUGUGAAGGAUGUUAGGGACUUUCAACUUAAUGAUGACGGUCCUCGCGGAUUGACCAGCGGCUGUACAUACUAUAUCAAGCUUCGACCUGGACUGAUGGAAUUCUUGGAUGAGGUUUCCAAGAUGUACGAGUUGCAUGUUUACACCAUGGGCACACGUGCUUACGCCCUCAACAUCGCCAAGAUCGUCGAUCCCGACCAGAAGCUUUUUGGAAACCGGGUCAUCAGUCGCGAUGAGAAUGGUAGCAUCACUUCCAAGAGCUUACAACGUCUGUUCCCCGUCAGCACGGACAUGGUAGUUAUCAUUGACGACCGAGCCGACGUGUGGCCUAUGAACCGACCGAACCUUAUCAAAGUUGUACCAUACGAUUUCUUCAAGGGUAUUGGCGAUAUCAAUUCAAGUUUCCUCCCCAAGCGAACAGAUAUUCUACCUAUACUCAAAUCGAAGCCGGUGGAAAAGGGCGUGAAAUUGGCGCCGAAAGCUUCGCCCAUGGAUGAGAUUGCUAGAAUGAGCGGCGGAGACGAUGCAGCCAGUCUAAAGGUCCAGGAGGAAGAGCAGGAAAAGACACUCGAGAAGCAAAUCAAGGACCGGCCUUUGCUCCAUAUGCAGGAAGAGCUGGACAAGGAAGAUGACCAGCAAGAAACGAAUGCUAGCGAAUCACCACCUGUACACCACCGAAACGUUCUUGUCGAUGACGAUGAGGAGCUUAUCGCGCUCCAAGACCACCUUACAGAUUUGCACACGGCCUUCUACGAAACAUAUGACCGGCGACGAGCGGAAAGAAGAGAGAAAGAGGGAACACACCCACCUGCGCAUAGCAAGUCCAAGCGAAGGGCGUCUGUUGACGACGGCGUCGACUUAUCUAUGGUACCGGAUGUCGGCGACAUUCUUGACGAACUCAAGUCCAAUGUCUUGUCUGGUCUUGUGAUUGUGCUAUCAGGUCUUGUGCCCUUGGGCGUGAGAGUGGAGGAGUCAGAGAUCGGUAUGCAGGCUCAGAGUUAUGGUGCUCAGGUCCUGGAUACAGUAUCGAAACGAGUCACACAUCUUGUCGUUGCCGCAUCACGCCCUCGUACGAAGAAGGUGCAGCAGGCAGCAAAAAUCCCUAGCAUUAAAAUCGUCAACCAAAACUGGCUCACCGACUGCCUAAGUCAAUGGAGACGACUCGACGAGCGACCUUAUUUUUUAGAGAUUCUCGAUGCUGAUAGGGAGAAGGGAGGGGAUGAUACAACCGAAGUUGCAUCGGAAGCCGACGAAGCUGAAGAUGCGCAGACGGGGCAAGAGCUUAGGGAUUUCGACUGGGGAGAAGCUGAAGAUGAACUGGCCGAGUUCCUGGAUGAUGGUGUUGACGACGGCGACGUGAGCAUUGCCCCCACGGUCACAGAAUCAGAUGUGGAAUCCGUGGACGGUCAGAACUCGAAGGGCAUCAAACGUAAGGCUGAUGCCGAUGAGUCAGACGACGACGGCUCAAAUCUCGGCGAAAGUGUCCUAGCCAAGAAACAACGUCUGGUUCGAAAUAGGGGCGCUUCUGGUCUCCGAUCAAUACAAACACCCAACGGCGACGACCAAGAUACAGAAGACGGAAGUCUACCUACACCAGUACCAACAGGCGACGAAGCUGUGGAGGAUAGGGACAAAGAGCCUUUGGUGAAUGUUGACGAUGGUGCAGAUUUUGAUGAAGAUGAGCUGGAGAGAGAGUUGCUAGCUGAGUUGAUGGCGGACUGAGCUGAGAUGCAUUACCGGCGAACUGAAGACUUGAAACCUCGGGGAUGGAGUCAGGCGCGAUAUGGAAUAGGAUAUUUUUACCCUACAUUUACAUCAGUAAAAUGGAGAUAGAAGCGUGUACAUGACGGAGGGGAGUUGGUUGGUUUGAGAUUUGUACUGGUAAAUAUGCUAUGUAAUACCCCGAAGCAUGGGCAAUCAAGUCUUACAAGCACGUUAUUGUGUCUAAUCUAAUUUGAUGAUUGGUCUUGUGAAACGUGUGAGCCAUUGUGUGUCACAUUCGCUUGUUUGUCCCUCUGAUCGGAGAAGGCUUGAGGCUUGAAAUAGAUUACGCUCCACCGGCGAUUUUGCCGCCGAUUUUUGACCAAGGGACAGGGAUGAUUAACUAUCCCGCGCUAACAGCUUUUGGUGCAAAC